UUCAGUUAACAUAAAUCACUUGGACGCCGAAUUUACCACAAAGGCGCAUCAAUUGGAGACGUUGAGUUGACUUGAAUGAAGUUGGUUUAUUAUUGUUAACACGGGAAUAAACAUUUAAAACUUGGUAAAUUGUCGCUGGAGUUCGGUUGUGCGAUGCUCUGCAGGCGAGCGGAACGCCUCUCCGCUCGAGCAGUAUGUCACAUCCUGGUUGUUGUGAUGCGCAGCGACUGUUAGAGAGCCGCUCUCCCCGCCUCACUCAUCUCCGUGCCCCGACAGACAGGGAUGUCGUGACCGGAGCCGCUCGAACCGGACGUCAGAGGAGGAGACCGCGCAUGGACAUCGGCAGGGAAUAGGACAUUUUGUAAUUCCACCGGGAAGCAGGAAGCAGCAGGCCACAGAGGAGGGGGCCCGGACACUCUCACAGCCCAGCUGCCUAGAUGGAGCGGCUCCACUGGGUGCGGCAUCGCUGUCGGACGCUAUUGGGAGACUCAGGGGGGGGCUGGUACUCUUCCCCCGAUGGCCUGCCCAACAAAAGCUUCCACGACGCCUAUUGGUCUCCACAUAGAGUCAGAGGGAAGCGAAGAAGUGUGUUUGCACGCCAUGGGCCGCACCAACACGAGUAUGAAACCUUCUCCAAAAGCUACAAGGGCAAUGCCAUCCGCACUACCAAGUACAGACUUUUGACCUUCAUCCCCAUGAACCUUUUCCAGCAGUUCCACAGGGCUGCCAACCUCUACUUCCUGUUCCUGGCGUUGUUGAACUGGGUGCCAGCGGUUGAGGCCUUUCAGAAGGAAAUUACCAUGAUUCCUCUGCUGGUGGUUCUCGCCGUCAUCGCCAUCAAAGAUGCACUGGAAGACUACAGACGCUAUUUGUUCGACAAGAAGGUCAACAACAAUGUUGCACGGGUAUUCUGUGGCAACCAGAAAGCCUACAAGGACCAGUGCUGGAAGGAUGUGCGAGUGGGAGACUUUGUGCGUCUGUCCUGUAAUGAAAUCAUCCCUGCUGACAUGCUGCUGCUGUAUUCCUCUGACCCCCGUGGGGUCUGCUACAUUGAGACCGCCAACCUGGACGGAGAGACCAACCUGAAACAGAGACAGGUGGUGUCAGACCUCCCACUGCAGGGAGUAGAGUUCACCCCUGAGAGCUUCCACAGCCGGAUCGAGUGUGAGAACCCCAACAAUGACCUCAGCAGGUUCAGAGGCUACAUGGAGCAUUCCAGUGGGGUUCGUGUUGGCCUCCAUAACAGCAACCUCCUGUUGAGGAGCUGCACCAUCCGCAACACUGAGACGGUGGUGGGCAUUGUGGUCUAUGCCGGUCAUGAGACCAAAGCCAUGAUGAACAACAGUGGGCCGAGGUACAAGCGCAGCCAGCUGGAGAAGCGUCUGAACACGGACGUCCUGUGGUGCGUGGUCCUGCUCAUCAUCAUGUGUCUGACGUCUGCUGUAGGUCACGGCCUCUGGCUGAGGAACCUGAAGGACCCCGUCUUUGGGGUUAAUAUGGACACGUCUCCUGCCUUGGCUGGAUUCUAUGUCUUCUGGACUAUGAUCAUUGUGCUCCAGGUGCUGAUUCCCAUUUCUCUGUACGUGUCCAUCGAGAUUGUGAAACUGGGUCAGAUCUACUUCAUCCAUAACGACGUAGACCUGUACAACGAGCAGCUGGACUGCAGGAUCCAGUGCCGGGCCCUCAACAUCACUGAGGACCUGGGUCAGAUCCAGUACCUGUUCUCCGAUAAGACAGGAACUCUGACAGAAAACAAGAUGGUGUUCUGCCGCUGCAGUAUCUAUGGGGUCGAAUAUCCUCAUGUGGAAAAUGCUCGAAGACUGGAGGUGUACGAGGCGGAGAAGAACGAGGCAGCGGGUAACUCUGUGACUCUGAGGUCGGGCUGCAGUGCUAAAUCUCUGAGCUGUCGCUCCCGCAGCUCUGUGUCUCUACAUACACUCACUGCUGAGUCAGAGGAGGAGGACGAACAACUGUCCAAUCAGAUCCAGGCCAGAACCAGUGCCUUCUGCAGCCGCAUGGCGAAGGAGGUGGUGCCAGACCCUGAGCUGGUGAGGAAGUUGAACUGGUUUUGCUCCCCCCUGAAAGAGGCCUCCUCUGGGACCCCCUCCAGCCUGGAAGUCGCCUACAUCACUGACUUCUUCCUGGCACUGACCAUCUGCAACAGUGUGGUGGUCUCCUCUCCCAGUCAGCCUCGACAUGUGGUGCCUGAAGCACGAACACCUCUCAAGUCUCUGGAGGAAAUCAAGCUGAUGUUCCAGCGCUUCAGCUUCUCUCCAUUUUCUGCACUGUCCACGUUCUCCCCUCCCCAGAUCAGAGGCAGCCCUCGCAACUUCACCAGCAGGCUGUUCACCAGGGGGAAGACCGGCUCCUUCUCCCCAAACGCCAACAACGCUACAGACGGCUCCGAACCAGGGAGAGAGGGCAACAUGGAAACCCCCAAACUGAGGUGUAAACUGGACUUUUCUGCACCAGGGGAGGGAGGAAAUGCUGCACAGGUGGAGGACGAUAUCAAGAAAGAUGAUAUCAAGGAUGCAAAGACAAACCCUGACGGGCCCAGACAGGAAGUGGAAGUGGACUCUGACCGUGACGUUGAUGAUGAGCUGCUGUAUGAGGCAGAGAGUCCCGACGAGGCGGCUCUGGUCCACGCAGCGCGGGCGUACCGCUGCACCCUGAGGGGACGCUCUCCCGAAAGCCUGCUGGUGGAUCUGCCAGGAAUCGGCUCACUGGCUGUGCAGCUGCUUCACAUCCUGCCCUUUGACUCCAACAGGAAGAGGAUGUCGGUGGUGGUCCGCCACCCACUCGCAGGACAAGUGGUAGUUUACACCAAGGGAGCCGACUCUGUUAUCAUGGACCUGGCCGAGACUUCUAAAGGAGCAGAGCAAGCUCAGGAGAUCUACAGUCACAUCAAAGAUCAAACCCAGAAACAUUUAGACAGCUAUGCCAGAGAGGGCCUCCGCACACUCUGCAUCGCUAAAAAGGUUCUGGAGGAAGAGGAGUAUGAGGUGUGGCUGAAGAGACAUCUGCUGGCAGAAAGCAGCAUAGAGAACAGAGAGGAGCUGCUGCUGGAGUCAGCUCAGAGACUGGAGACCAACCUCACCCUGCUGGGUACCACAGGGAUUGUCGACCGACUGCAGGAGGACGUCCCAGAGACCAUUGAAGCUCUUCAGCGGGCUGGGAUCAAAGUCUGGGUCCUCACUGGAGACAAACAGGAGACGGCCAUUAACAUCGCCUACUCCUGCAAACUCCUCCGGCCCAAUGACCAACUGCUGACAGCCAACUGUGGAAGCAAGGAUGCUUGUGCAGCUUUUCUCAAGGAGCUCAGACUAGAGGUGCAGCGUGGACAGGACGGUGUGACCGAAGGUCCUGCAGCAGGGGCUCAUGGGGAGUCCUCCUCUGGCAGCGUGUCCAGCUUCAUCCUGGUUAUAGACGGCCAGACGCUGGACUGGGCGCUUCAGGAGGAGCUGAAGAGUGACUUCGUAGAGCUGAGCCGCAGGUGCAAGGCGGUCAUCUGCUGCAGGUCCACUCCGCUGCAGAAGAGCGAGGUGGUCCGGCUGAUCCGUGAUGAGCUUGGCGUCAUGACUCUGGCAGUGGGUGAUGGAGCCAAUGACGUGAGCAUGAUUCAGAUGGCUGAUGUGGGCAUUGGGAUAUCAGGUCAAGAGGGAAUGCAGGCUGUGAUGUCCAGUGACUUUGCCAUCUCCAGGUUCAAACACCUCAGCAAGCUGCUGCUGGUUCACGGUCACUGGUGUUACUCCCGUCUUGCAAACAUGAUCCUCUACUUCUUCUACAAGAAUGUGAUGUAUGUUAAUCUGCUGUUCUGGUAUCAGUUCUUCUGUGGGUUCUCCGGGAGCGUCAUGACCAACUCCUGGGUACUGAUCUUAUUCAACCUGAUCUUCACCUCCGUUCCUCCCCUCAUCUAUGGCGUUCUGGACAAAGACAUGCCUGCAGAAACUCUGACGGGGGUUCCUGAGCUCUAUCGGACCUCCAAGGUUUACGUUCCCCACAUGUUCUGGGUCACAGUCCUGGAUGCCUUUUACCAAAGUCUUGUGUGCUUCUUCAUACCUUACUUUGCACUGACGGGAUCAGACGUGGGGAUUCUGUCCUUUGGCUCUCCGAUCAACGCCUCCGCUCUCUUCAUCAUCCUGCUGCACCAAGUCCUCGAGAGUCACACUCUGACUUGGAUUCACGGUCUGGUGCUGCUGCUCAGUGGGGGCUCCUACUUUGGCUUCGUGCUGCUCUUCAGUGUGUCCUGUGUGACCUGCAGCCCCCCCACUAAUCCUCUGGGGGUGGAAACACUCCAGAUGUCCCAGCCUCUCUUCUACAUCAUAUGUGCAGUCACUACUAUGACAGCUCUGUUACCCAGGAUGUUGUUUCGAGCCCUGUACAGCACCAUACACCGCACCGCUGCCCUGAAAUCCUCUCAUGUGGAAAAGGUGGAGUCAGAGAACUACCGCAAGAGAAUGCAGCGAUGGAACCUGAGCCACCACAGAGUCAACCGGCUGCCGGUGUGCGCCGACAACCCCGGCCUGGAGCCCAGCACAGCCUCAGUGGUGUCCUGACCUCUACACACACACACACACACACACAGACAGACAGAGAGCUGUUUGAUUUGACCAGGGAAAGAAAGAGCUGAAUUUUUUUUUAGAAAAGACUUGAUUUUCACAUGCUGGAUUCGUGUGCACGUCACAGGAAGAAGACGAUUCUUCGCUGCAAUAAAAGGCUUUUCACGUGUUCACGUUCUGCUGCACUGCUUCACUCUGCUGAAAAGACUGAUGGGACAUGUCAGCAGCCAGAGGGCCUUAUUAGCCUUAACCAUCAAGAGACCAACCUCCACUGGCCUUUGCGCUGCAGUUACCAUAGUGAGCCACCAGGCUGAACGUGACAGGAAGUCCGCCGGACCACCUGCAACUGAAUGUGGCCAAAUCUUUUAUUUAUUUCUGACUUUCAGCCACAACGUGGCCUUCCACUGUGGAUGGAGUUACUACGUUACCAUGGAGAUUGUUGAUGCUUGAACAGAGACAGUGGGUAGUAUCAACUAUAUAAAUUCAUUUAGAGAGAGCCCAUAGUGGAGCCAGGAUCGCUGUGUGUGAGCCAAUCUGCCAGGUUCUCACUUCAUGGAUCAUUUAUCAGUGAUCAUGAGCUCACACUGCCCCCGUGACAAACACACACACACACACACACACACACACACACACACACUUACCCACUGACAUGUUUACAGUAGCUGGAAUGUGUUUACUGUUCUUUGAGCUGAAGGAGCUUCAGAGAUGGGAAACUGAUUUUCUCUCUGCAGUUGCGACUGAUUCUGGACCAGUCUGUUUAUUUAUUUUCUGAUCUUGUGUUGCUGUUAUCAACGUCCUCCAUCCAGAACCCCACUGACUCAUCAUCUAUACAUGAAAGACACGACAACACUUAUCAUAGAACAAAGACAGAAGCUGAGCUCUCUUCAUAUUUAUAUUAUUUUCACCCCUGAUCAAACCAAAUGAAAUUAAAAGUUUGGAGGAUUCAUCUGAAACUGAUGUUACUGUUUGACAAGGUAGCAACAAAUAUCCAGAGCUGGAUUACUGAAGGACCCUGUCAGUGACGCUGUGCUCCUUCACAAGUGCAGCUCAUGUUUACUUGACUGUUUUCAGAAGCACAGUUUUACAUGAAUGGAUGUAUUGUUGAUGUCUUUAUUUCAGUUAAGUAUGAAAAUCUAAUUUAAAAAAAGAAAUUUGGUGUUGAUCAUUAAGAAGAAAAAGUUACAAGCUCAGAUUGAUCUGAAAAAACGUUCACCUCAUUGUACUUUGGGCAGAAAUGACUCCAGACCUGAUGUUCCCUCGGAUCGGCUCCCCUGCUCAAACAAAUCUGAGCCAACCGGAUUUUUGUAUCCUACCUCUGUCUGUAUUUCCAUUUUCUCGAUGGCUGCUUAUCCCAUUGACUUCAAACAUGGCGGGUGUGUUUCCGAGGACCAGAGGAAAGUCAUGAAGGAUGUUGAAGGCUGAGUCCAGACUGAACAUACACAACCACUGGUGCUGCACAUGAUGACAAGGUGUGCUCCAAUCUACACCUGUACCUGGGCACUGCUGUCAAUACCACCUCUCUUAAUAACAGACUAUUUAUUGACAUGUGACAAUGGUUUAGUGUGGAUUUGGAACUGGAUGCCAUUAUAACUACUGGUUGUGUCAGGUGUGUGAACACAUCAUGUGAUGGAAAACCUGAGCCCAGUCAGGAAGUUUAAAGUGAAGUGACCUUGCUGCCUCUAUGCCCAUGAACCCAGUGAUCAAAUGGGGAUUUUCUCUCAGCCUUAACUUUGAUCCAGUACCUUGAACAAAAGCCUUGACCACGACUCACUGUGUACUGAUUGUUUUUUAUGUAAUAUAGAAACCAGCAAGAAUUGUUUGUGCAGACGUGUGUUUAAGACAUGGCAAUGAUAAUACUGUUAAUAAUGAUGAUGAUAAUAAAAGAGAUUGUUGUUCAGA